AGGUCCUCUCUUACCUUAUAUACCGGCCUUUACAAAGUAUUUCUCUCCCUCUCUAGAAAAUGGCAAAUUUAGAACCCCUAAUCCUUGGAAGAGUUGUUGGGGAUGUUAUAGACCAUUUUAUCCCAAGUGUGAGAAUGUGUGUCACUUACAACAACAAAAGAGUUUACAAUGGUUGUGAACUCUUACCUUCUUCUGUCACCUUCAAGCCUAGGGUUCAAGUUCUUGAUGGUGACUUGAAAUCAUUUUUUACCUUGGUCAUGACGGAUCCAGAUGUUCCGGGACCGAGUGAUCGUUAUCUUAAAGAGCAUUUGCAGUGGAUAGUCACAGAUAUUCCAGGCACAACAGAUGCUACGUUUGGGAGAGAGAUAAUGAGCUAUGAGUUGCCAAUGCCAAACAUAGGCAUACACAGGUUUGCGUUCAUCCUGUUCAAGCAGAUCCGUAGGGGCAGUGUGGUCGCACCUGGCAAUAGAGAUCGAUUCUGCACCAAAUUAUUUGCUGAACAGAACCAACUUGGUCUUCCUGUUGCUGUUGUCUACUUCAAUUGCCAAAGGGAGACCGCUGCUCGAAGCCGCUCAGUUAGGUAGCAAGCUGGGUUAAUUAUGCAAGGAUAAGACUGAUCAUGAUAUAUUGAUAUGUCAUAUGCAAUAUGUCAGUGAUCUUAGCUAGUUAGCUAAAAGAAGAAGAGUACGUGGAGUACUUAAUUAUCUUAAUUAUUUAAUUAGUUAUGGUUGAAUGUAAUGUUAUGCAUUUGCAUGAUUAAUAUGUGUAUUAGUUACACCUAGCUUGUAUCAUCUUUUCAAUAAUAAUAUUCACCAACCAUUGUUA